UCCCAAAAGGGGCGCCAUGGAUCCCACAGCAACGCCGGCGUCAGCGGCCGAAAAGUCGCAGCCGCGGAUCCCGCUGCGAGUGCAGCUGGUGGCGCGGGACGAAGCGCUGCAGGAGACGAAGCUGUUGAAGAGGUCAAGCAACUUUAACCAUGGCUUGAAAGGACGUUUGAAGCACAUCUUGGGCAAAUUGAAGCAGGAGGAGUCGGCCUUAAACAAAAAGGUGAAGCGGAGCCGGAUCCGCAUCACGGAUCCCUCCACGCCGGACAUGCGCGUGACCUCAGUGGUUUUGGAUCCGCUGGCGCAUCUCUGCAGCCCCAUGAGUCCCCUCCGCCUGGACCCGCACAGCGACGCCAGCGACGGGGAGGCAGAGGCUCCGCCGGCUCCGCCGGCUCCGCUGCCACUGAUGGAUGGAGCUCCCGUGGAUCAACGGAAGCGGCGCAAGGGUCCAACCGGUCCAAGCGGUUCAACGAAGAAGUUGAAGGACACGGAUUUGCUGGAGCCAGUGGUGGUGCAUAGCGAUGCUGAGGAUGUGGAUUGAAGGGCCUUGAAGGGUCUUGAAGUCAGCGCUUCCCUGGUGUCAUGCGGAACUGGUUGCGAUGUUUGCUGGCUGUUUCACUGCUUGGGUCCAAAA